AUGUAUGAAACACUAUUGGUUGUCCAGGAUGACACAUUUUGGUUUUUAGUGUUUGUUUAUUGUCAGCACUGUGCUAAGGAAAAGGAACAGUCGGCACUACGUGCACAUAGCAGCUCUGUUAGAGGCAUUAAAAGGGAGGCAAAGGUUCCCGAGGAAAGUGCUCUUAGUUCUGCAAAGUUUCAGCCCUUCAUCAAAGAAGAAGUUCUAAUUGUUAUAUACAAUGAUGUUUUUCCAUGCACAGCUGAACAAUUCUUUGACUUACUGUUGAAUGAUGGAUCAACUUUUACAAAUGAGUAUCGUUCUGCCCGAAAGGAUACUAAUCUUGUCGUAAGUACCAAAAUUUUGUGGUUGUUACACUUGAAUAUCUUUUUCUUUUGA